UUUGACAUGCAGAGGAUAACACUGGAAGAGCUGAAACACAUCCUCUACCACGCCUUCCGGGACCACUUAACAAUGAAGGACAUCGAGAACAUCAUUAUCAAUGAAGAGGAGAGUUUAAAUGAAAACUCUGGCAACUGCCAGACAGAGUUUGAAGUGCACGCCCAGAAGCAGAACAGACAGACCUGCGUACGGAAGAGCCUUAUCUGCGCGUUUGCCAUGGCCUUUAUUAUAAGCGUGAUGCUGAUUGCGGCCAACCAGAUCCUGCGGAGCGGCAUGGAGUAG